GGCCUAUUGACUGCGGAGCAAUAAGUAACCCAUAGCAACCAAUCAGCGAUCAGUAUUGUCAGGCGAAUGUUUUAUUGGUUGCCGUGGGUUACUAUCCAGGGUAAAUUUGUCCCAGCAUUUUAAAUUAAGCCUUUAGUUUCACACAAGCAGCCCUUUUAAUCGGAUGGGAUCGGGUUCUUAAAGCUACUGUUAAAUACUAUGUGGUAAAGAAUUGACUCUAGCAAACGUCAUCUCCACGCGCCGCCUACUUGUUUUUCAUCCGAGUCCCCAAUGAAGAUCUCGCGAGAUAUUUCCUCCCUAUCGGUAGCGAUGUGGGCGUAGCUAAUGAGGAUUACCCUGCGAGAGAGCGUGCACUGAUUGGCUGGCGUCAUGGGACCGCCAUCAUUUUUCUAUGUUUGAUCUCAAACCUGCAGUAUUUACGUCUGUGCAGUUUAGAAGCAGAAUGAAGUGCCAGCAUGGUGCCCCAGAAUAAUAGAUGGGGAGACUUCAGAAGCAGGUGUGCCGGUUUGUACUGGAUUACUUUGAUAGAACAUACACGAGAGAGAUUGGAAACGCUUGGAGCACAGUCAGGGAAGUGCUCUCAACCCCUGAAUGCUGGCAGUAUGCCGUCCUGCUGAACAAUUUCACAUCCACUUGGGCACUGGAGAGUCAACUGCACAUGAAAGGCUAUCACCUGCUGUUUCAAGAAAUCAUCUGCCCACAAACAUUAAAGUGUUUCGUUAAUGGAAACCCGGGCAAAUUUCCUUCUCAGCGGCAUCGAACUGGAAAACUAAAAGAGUAUUAUGUGCUAAAUGCCGCUUCACUUCUGCCAGUCCUGGCCCUCGAUGUGAGGGAUGGAGAGAAUGUGUUGGAUAUGUGUGCUGCUCCAGGUGGCAAAUCCAUAGGGCUCCUGCAGUGUUCCACCCCAGCUCGCCUUCAUUGUAAUGAACCAGAUCUUCCCAGAUCACGGUGGCUGAAGCAGACACUGGAGUCCUUUGUACCAGAGACAGAAAUGAAUCACAUCUUUUCCACUGAACUGGAUGGAAGGCUUCUAGGGAAGUUCCACUCUGGAUUUUAUGACAAAGUAUUAGUGGAUGCCCCUUGUUCCAAUGACAGAAGUUGGCUGUUUUCAUCAGAUGCCCAGCAGGCGGCAGCACGAAUAUCCCAGAGGAAGAACCUUCCAGUGCUACAAGCAGAACUGCUCAGGUAUGGGACAAAACAGAAGGUCUGUAUGUUUCUUUACUACAGGGUUUGGCAGCCUUCCGACACAAUGUCCCCGCAUAGUUGAGAGCAUUUCAAUGGAAAAGCCGUUUGUCACAUUAAUUGGACUUCUCGUAAACAACCCGCCUGAAUUCCAUCCUGGCUACCGUUAAAGAUAAAUGGACCAGAAAAGGACUAUCGUUAACAUUUUGUUUAUUAACUCCCCUAAAGCUAAUGGAAACAUCAUCAGUUCCAAAUAUUUGGUUGUAGCAAUGAGUGGCUGAACCUGUCACUGCACAUCUCAGGCCGAGUUUGCUCAGCGUCAAUAAAGAUCUGUUUGCAAACAACAUUGUACAACACAGACUGAUGGACUCCAGUAGAAAUCAAUAUUUUGUGCCAUUUGUAUGAGGCGUUUGUGUGACUUAGUUUUAUAAUAGAAAAUUGUAUGUGCCUGUCUAUACACAAUUCCCACCUAUCACUUAUUUGUGAUACAAUAAAGC